UUCCCUCCAGAACUCUUUGACUCCGUGAUCGACCAUCUGCACGACGACAAAGCGGCCUUGCACAAGUGUUCGCUCGUCUGCAAGGACUGGGUGCCUUCCAGUACUUUCCACCUGUUCUCCACCUUUUCUUGGCCCCCAUGCCAUCACAUGUGGCAC